AUGGGUUACAGCCAGCUGGGUCUGUUCCUGCUGCUCAGCAGCGUCACGGUGGCUCAGGAACAAAACAACGAUGAUACUGGGCCGACACCUUGUGUAUUGGAAUCCAGGUACAGGACCAGCAAGAAAUACAUCUACCAGUACACUGCGGAGAGCAGAAACGGAGUGGUGGGUACUGCUAACCUGAAGAAUGGUCCCCAAGUCUCCUGUCUGGUAGAGCUCGAUGUCCCACAGACAUGCAAGUUCAUCUUGUCCACCAGGUACUGUGCCCUCAGCGAGGUUUCGGCAAUGGAUCCUCAGGGAGAACCGGUCUACAAGCUGGCCCCAAGCUCUGAGGCCUUUGAGGUUGCCAUGGAAAGGAACCCUCUUAAGUUCACUGUCGAUGGUGCAACCAGUGUCCAACUGUUCCCCGGGGAAGACGAUCCAGUCAAUAUCCUCAACAUUAAGAGAGGUAUCAUCUCAGCCCUCAUGGUGCCAGGCAUGGGUGGUGAACCAAGUAACCUCAUGAGCACAGUGCAUGGCCAGUGCUACACAAACUACCAGGUGAAUGUUAAGACGGAUAUCGACACAGAUGUGACUUUGUUCAGAGAUCUGUCUGAGUGUGACCAGUUCCACACUCGGAAACUCACCAACAGUCCUCUGGCUCUGCUGCAGAAGCUGAAUGGCCUGUUUUCUAACCUCAUCACAAGCACUCAGGACUGCAACUACCAAUUUGACAACAAGGGGAAGCACAUGACCACCACAGCAUGCACAGAAAAACACAUUUUCCUGCCUUUUUCCCAUGAAGACAAUGGCAUUGCUUCUGUUGUGACACAGCACCUUAGCCUGCAGAGCACCAAGAGGAUCAACAGCAGAAUAUUUGAUGUGAACCCCAGCCACAGCAAGCCUCUUUACUUUGAAGAUCUGGUUGAUAAAACUCCAGUCCAGACAAAAGAUGCUGCCCUGAGCACGAUGAGGGACCUAAUGGCCUUGGCAGGCACGGACCAGGGUGACAAGCGCACCGGCCUUUUCCAUAAGUUGGUGUCCAGCCUGCGUGGCCUGUGGAAUGAAACAUUAAGCCAGACAGUCAGGGAGAUGUUGGACAUAUCUUCCUGGCUCUCUUGGCAGGCCUUGCUCCAGUGUGGAACCCCUGAGUGCACCAGCGCCAUUUUCCAGGCUGUUCGGACAAUUGAUGGGGUGUCAUUGGAGGUGGAUGCGCUGGUCUAUGGGCUGAGUCUCCAGGCUGACCCUGAUGCUGACUUUGUUCGAGAUAUGCUCAGCAUGGCCCAGUAUAAACAGAGCAAAGCUAUCAUGUAUGCUCUGGCUAACACUGUUAAAAAAUUCCAUCAUGGAGAUGCUACUCCAGUGGUCACAGACGUGUCAAAGUUCAUGCAGAUGCUCCUGAAGGACUGCUCAGGAGACACUGACAGUGAUUACGAUGAUGAUUACACUGACACUGACCCACACCAAACGGCCUUCCUUGUACUCAGGGUUGUUGGCGUAAUGGGUAAAGCCAUGCAAGAUGUCAGCCCUCACCUGAUCUCCUCUAUCUUACGCUGUGCUAAAAGAACUGACAUUCCACUAUCAAAUCAGAAAGCAGCCAUACAGGCCUUCAGGUUGAUGGACAUCAAUGAUAAGAUCAGAAACAUUCUCAUGGAGGUGUACCGGGAUGUUCAGAGCCCUGUUGAAAAACGUGUAGCUGCCUAUCUGAUUCUCAUGAAGAACCCAGACCGAGACCUAGUGACAGCUAUUGUUCGUAAUUUGAAGAAAGAAAAGGAGAAGCAGCUGAAGAGCUUUGUGGUCUCCCACCUUAAAAACAUCCAUGAUUCCCAUGAUGACCAAAUGAAACUAGUCAGAGAAUACAUUGAGAUGGCACUAAACGACGAUCUUUCCCUCACAAACAACGACUUCACUGACAAGUCACGAAACUACAAGAUGGACUCUCCCUUGGUUUCAAAACAGAGCAACAUUAUUUUUGAUGCCACUAACACCUUACCUAAGGAAGUGAUGCUGGAGACCACCCUGAAGGCUUUUGACUACAACCUUGACCUAUUUGAGGUUGGUGUUGAGGGAAUGGGAUUUGAACCAGCAGUUGAUGCUCUUUUUGGUGGAAAGGGUUUUUUCCCCAACUUAAUCUCCAGUGUUAAGCACAAUGCCCCACAGAUAUUCCAAAAGGUUAUGGACAGAAUCGCACCCAACAGAAGCAGAAUAAAGAAACAGGUUCCUCAGGAUCUUCUGAACGAUAUUACAGAUGGUGUCAAAAGACUUGUGAGUAUCCUGCGUUCUUCUCCAGCACCUGAAGCCACAGCCUACCUCAGGCUUUUAGGAAAUGAAAUGGGAUACAUCAGGACCAGCGAAAUGAGAAAGAUGGCUGAGACCCUGUUUAUGUACUGUCACAUGUUCUUCUGGGUUCUACCUCAGCAGGUUUGAUAUUCUUUGAUGUCCAGCACUAAAAAUGAAGUUUUUCUUCAUUACAUCUUCAUGGAAAAUGUGUUUUCUCUUCCCACCGCAUCUGGUUUUCCUCUAAAGUUCUCACUGGCUGGAGUCUUUGUAAGUGGGGCUAAAGGAGGCGUGACCUUCUCUCCAAGCAUGAGGCAGCUGUCUUUCAUGCCCACAGCUGGUGUAGAAUUCAUCACUAAGAUGGGUGUGGACAUUCCAGAAUAUGUGGUGUCUGGGCUGGAGAUGCACACUAACAUGUACCAUGAGAGUUCGGUCAAUGCUAAGGUGACGAUCAGCAGAAACCAGAUCAAACUUUCCAUCCCCGCACGAACAUCCAACACACAGGUGUUCAGCAUCAGCAACAAGCUGCUGUCAGUGUCUUCGGGCCAAACAAACUUAAUACCGUCGCUUGUGGACGAUCGGACUGAGUUCACUGACUGCCAGCCGUUCAUCAUCGGUUUGAACCUCUGCACCAUAAUGCAUUAUUCCAAUGCGACCUCCAAAGAUCAGGCCCCUUAUUACCCACUAACAGGAGAAACCAGAUUUGCAGUUGAGUUGCAGCCUGUGGGUGAUGUUUCAGCGUACACUGCCACCAUUACUCACGGAACGCUUCAAGAGAGAACUAGAGGCCGUAACAAAGUAGAUUCUCUGAAACUUACCCUGAAGGCUGAAGGUGUUGAUUCAUCAGAGGUGACAGCAUCUCUGAAAUACAACCACAAUAAAGAUGCCGUCACUGCAGAAGUUUUUAUUCCUGACUAUGAUGUGGAAGCUGGCAUCAAGCUCGCUGUAACUGACACGAAUGCCAAAGGAAAGAAGAUGCGAGGUAUCACGAUUGAUGUCACCAACAAGAACAUUCCACAGCUGACUCUGACAGGACGCACAAGACUUCACAUGAUGAGAGAUGCCAUGGUGCAACUUCAGAUUGUUGUUCCAUCUCUGAAAACUGAUGCAUCUGUUACUGCAACCUUGAAGAAGGAUGAGGGUGUCCUGAUGGGUGUAGAGACAGCUGUCAACCUCCCAGAGACAUCCUACCUGAAGAAAGCCAUCUUCAAAUAUGAUGAUGACAGGAUGGAGAUGGAACUGAAUUUAGAUCUGAAUUCAAAAAUUCAAAAGCUGAUCCCAAAAAUAGAAGAUCACCACAGGGAGCUACAGGAGCUGAUUGAUAACAUCCUGGACCAGAAAGUGACCAAGACAGACAUGAAACUCCGUCACAUAGUCACCAAAGGAAUAGAGGCGAGUAAUAUUUGGCUGGACAAGCUGACCAAAGGCAUGCCUUAUUUUGAAAACCUACGAAUUAUGAGGAGCAUCUCGGAUCUCACCUUGCCAGCUUUGCCGGAGAAACUGUUCCAUCGUUAUUACCUCCACAGUGACAGCCUGUUACGAUACGAGUUCAACAAGGAUAAGUGGUCUCUCUCAGUUCCCUUGCCACUCGGCGGCAAAACUUCAACAGAACUGAAUAUCCCUACCAGUCUGCCAAUUCCUGCCAUUGACCUACCAGAGAUAGGCCUUCACAUCCCUGCCAAAAAAUAUCAGUUCCCGUCAUUCACUAUUCCACCUUCUUUGGAUAUCACAGUUCCACUUCUUGGUGUAGCUGAAGCAUCCGCAAAGAUUAACAGCAACAUCUACACUUGGGAAGGCUCCAUCUCUGGGGGCAACACCACUGUUGAUGUCCCCAGCUACUUUGCACAGUACAAAGCUACGGCCCAAUCACCUUUUAAUCUACUGUCAUACAAGCUUGAAGGAACAGGACUAUUGUCAGGUAAUUCAGGGGGAACCAUUAAGUAUGGUGUGGAUAGUUCCUUCAGCCACAGCCUCCUUAUGACGAGCUUCAGCAUCGUAGAAACCUGUCGGUGGCAGUACAAGAAAAAUGUGCCAGAAAAAAUUAUUGCAAGGGAAACCUACAAGAUUGAAGCUUCCAGUCCACUGGGUCUUCACGCCUCUCUGCAUUCUUCUGCUGAGUCAGGUGCUGUUCUAGAUUCAGAAGAUGUCACAGGAGAUGGCACUUUGGAUGGAAACCUUAAAAUAGGAUCACUGCAUGCUAAUUCCUCCUACACGUAUAAGUACACCAUGAAUAUGCGAGAGAACAAAGGAACAGGGGAGUCCAUUUUGCAUGUCAACUUGCCAUUUGUUCAAGUUCACAACACUAUCCACGGAGCCUACCUAAACUCGGAACUGAACGUUGUGUCAAAAACAAAGGCACACAAUAUCCUUAAAUAUGUAGCAGAGCUGAAAUAUAAAGAUGCACAGCUGACUAUUAAGUGUCACGCUGUCGCCACACCACUGGACACAUCACUCAGUAACAGAGUUGAACUUGGUGUGUCCAGACAAAUGGUCAUUAUCAAAAUGGAGUCUCAGGCAGAUGAUGUAACAAAUAGGGCAUACUCACUUAUAACAGGAUCCCUGGAUUCAAAUGGUCUGGAGUUGAACUCUGAGGGUUCUCUCACCUUGGAUGUCGGCCAUGGAUUGCACAAGGCUUCUGUUGUGGUUGGCAGAAAUGGUCUGACUACAAGUGGAACCAACAGCCUUCAGUGUAGUCUGGUGAUGUUUGAGAAUAUCUUCAAUGGUGGCAUAGAUAGCAGCGGUGCACUCCUGUCCUCCAAGACAAAAGCCCUGGCUGAGGAAAGCAAAGGAGAGUGGAACAUUGAGGGUAAAGUCAAAUAUAACGAAGCAACAUUGCACAGUGUGGUCAAGGGCUAUGCACAUAAUGUCACCACGAGACACAAUAUGGAUAUUGUGUUGAACCAAAAAGCUUUGAGCUUAACCAGCAACACAAUUGGAACACUAAAGAACAUGAGAACAGACAAUAGCCACACACUGACCAUCACUUUGUGGACACUAGCCCUCCGCUCCAAAUCAAACAAUGUCAUCUGUGAAGAUUUUUACUACAACCAAGACUCUAAGAUUGACAUAAAACCUUUCAUUAUGUCAUUGGAUGUAAAAAAUGGCCUGAAGUUCUAUGAUGCCAGCUUGAACAAUGAAGGGCACUUAAAGCUUGAGCCGCUUAAGAUGGACCUCAGCGGAAGCAUGAAGGGAGCUUACGGAGACGACCAAGACUUUAAUCACACCUACGAAUUCAGCUAUGCUGAUUUGGCUGGAACAGUUAAAUUCACCACAGCUGGAAAUGUUCUGAAUGCCCAACUCAGUCACAACUGUGAAUUAGAGUUUGCAGGAUUCUCCUCCAAAUCAAACUGUGAAACAGAAAUUAAUUCAAAGGACCUGCAUUUUAACAGCACCAUGCGCACCCUGGCAGUGCCAUUCAGCCUCACUAUUAAUGCCCUUGUCAACAGCGAUGGGGAACUGAAUCUGUACGGGAAGCACACUGGCCACUUGCACAGUAAACUGCUGGUUAAAGCCGAGCCUCUUGCUCUGGCAUAUUCCCACGACAACCAGUUAUCAACCACACACAUGCUGCCUUCAGGGGAAACUUCCACUCAUAUAGAUAACAAAGUUGAUGGACUCUUGACACCAAAUGAGCAAGCUGUAUCCUGGAACUCUGAAUCCAAGCUGAAUGACCACACUUAUAACCAGGACAUCAUCAGUUAUAAUAACCGGGAGAAAAUCGGAGUUGAGUUUUCUGGAAUAAUAUUAACAAAUUUUUUCAGCAAAUUGAAUACAGAUGUACGGGAAAGAUCAAAGCCAACAAAACAAGAGUUCAGUAUGGCCGGUUUCCUUAAGUAUGACAAGGACAGUGACUGCCAUAUUAUUGAGAUGCCAUUCAUCGAGAGCCUUCCCGCUGCUUUUGAACAUAUUAAAAACACUCUUGUAAAAGGCCUAGAAUCCCUUCAACGCUUCAUUAAUGAACUCGAUAUUAAUCAAACAAUCGCUGAAUUUCGAGCCAAGUUGAACCAGCUGCCAAGGCAAGUGAAAAAGUACAUGAGGGAACUGGAUUUAGACAGAAAAAUGAAUAAAAUAAAAGAGAAAAUUACUUAUUUAACAGAUGAGUUUGCUAUAGAAAUGGAUGACUUGGAACUCAUUAUGGAAAAGUUAAAAGAGAAUUUGGAAAGUACAGUGUUAGAUGUUGCACUCAAAAUUAAAGACAUCAUUGUUAUGCUCAGAGAAUAUGUAGAGACAGGACAUUUUACUGACAUGAUAUCAAAUAUCCUCUCACAAAUUGGAAACAACCUCCACAACUUGGACAAAAUUUAUCAAGUCAAGAAUUCCCUGGUCAAAGCAAUGGAUGCUUUUGAGGAUAUCAUCAGACAAGUUAAUUUAGAGAAGCUCACAGAGACAAGUGCCACAUGGCUACAAGACCUUGAUCACAAAUAUGGAAUCCUGCAGAAAAUAAAAGAAAAAGCUUCUGAAUUAAAACAGGCCAUUCAGAACUUUGAUGUCCAAACGUUUUUCCAAGAUGUAAAAGCUUACAUUCGUUCAGUUGAUGUGGCUAAGUACAUUGAGCAGCUGUCAUAUAAGAUACCCUCUGCAGAGAUCGCGGCAGUGAUUGAAUCCAUUCAUGACGUUAUUGUCAACUGGAUUGAUGAAUACGAAAUCCCCAACAAACUCAACACAGUAUAUUCCUAUAUUAGGGAUCUAUUCCUGAGGUACAAUCUUGACAAGAAAUUUAAACAGCUAUUGGAUCAAACAGUUGUCCUCAUCAAGGAUUUCAAAAUUGAACAAACUGUACAGUCGCUGGUUAACACUCUGAAAUCUAUCAACCUCGAGAAUGCUUAUGAUAAAAUAAUGCAGUUCAUACAACAAGCGACAGCACAUCUAAGAGAAUUUGACCUGAAGAAAAGUGUUGAUGAGCUGAAAGAAAGCAUUUCUUCAUUGCUUAAGUCACUAAAGGAAUUUGACUACAGCACAUUUGUUGACAAGGCUAACAGGAAAAUUGCUGAACUAACAAAGUAUAUCAAUCAGCAAAUUAAAAAGUAUAAUAUUGUGCAAAAAAUUAAUGCUGUUAAAGAAUUUUUCAGAGAGUUACAAAAUUCCAUCUAUACUUUCUUGACCAACCUGAAAAACACAAAGGUGGCUGAUGCUAUGAAGAAACUCGGUAAAGUCAUCGACUCGACAAUUUACAAGGACAUCAAACUGAAAGUGCAGGAUAUGCUGGAGGACGCGAAACAAAGAGUCCUUGAUAUGGAUCUCAGGGAUGAAAUUUACAUUUCCCUUGAAAAAGCAAGUCAGUCCUACACUAAUAUUGUUGCCUACGUUUCUGUUCAGUUCAAUCGACUGAUGGAUGCAAUCGGAAAAGUGCUAAAAGACAAUGAGAUCAUCGGCCGGGUCAAGAGGGCUGUCGAGCGGUUAUUGGAUGUACUGAAAAGAGCUGAGAUUCAAGUUUCCACUUUUACCGUACCCCUCACAGACCUGGUCAUUCCAGCAUUUACAAUCAACCUGAACAAACUGUACGAGAUCAAAAUCCCAGCCCAAAUCCCCAUCCCUGAGUUUACCAUCCUCGAGUCAUACACAGUUCCCGCUUUUGUAAUAGAUUUUGAGAUCAUAAAAACAAAAAUAGUUGCAAUCAUAGACGACAUCAGAGGAUAUGAGAUUGAGUGGCCGAACCCGGAGGAAAUCUUUGGUGACUUAAAGGUUCUUUAUUUAUGCGACCUUCCAGAUGUAACCCUACCAGAAAUAACUCUUACAGAAAUUAAAAUUCCAACCAUCAGCAUCCCAAAAUUAAAUCUGAAUGACUUUGAAAUUGCAAUGCUUCCCAUUCCAGAAAUCACAAUGCCUGAACUUGGAAGUUAUAUUUGUAUUCCAGUUUUCGGUAAACUCCAAGGAGAACUUAAACUGCACUCCCCACAUUACAACCUUUUAAUAAUGGGAAAAAUUGAGAAUUCCACUGUAACAUCAAAAACCCCACAGUUUACAGCCACUUUGACCUCACAAGCCAAAUCUAGUAUCUCGCUCCUUGAAUACACCUUUGAUGCCACCGCUUUGUUAGAAGCACCAAGAAUGAAGAAGCUGUUAUUCACGGAGACAGUGAAAGCAACACAUGAGGCCUUCUCCGUUGAUCAUGAAGGAUCCCUGACACUCACGGGCUCAUCUGCUGAAGCUUCUGCCAAAACUUUUUCUAAGGCCACAACCCAAAAGUACAUGGCAAAUUUGGCCAACAACAUGGCACUCACAUUAAAAAGUGGCAUCUCUGCAGCCUUGGAUACGACCUACAAUCACAGCCUGAACAUCCCAGCAUGGGAGAUUUCGAGUCAGGCAAGUAUGACACAGAAAUCAGCUCUCACCACAGAUUCUGGAGGAAUUAUGGUGACCUGUGAAACUAUUGGAAAUGGAAAGUGGUCCAUUCAAGACUACACUGAUGAGGGAGUACACAAAAGCAAGAUGGAAUUCAAUCUCUUUUUUAACACUGCAAAGUUAAGUUUUAUAGGAGAAACUGAUUGUAAAGCCCUGAAAGUGAAGCGAAGACUGACUGCUGAAUCAGUCGCGCUACACCAUGUUACUGUCGAAGGAAGAUGUGAGGUUGACAUUCCAUCUGUCAAGAAGACCGUGACAGUUUACCAUGGAGAGGCUCACGUUGGAGACUUGAAAGUUGCGCUGACGGCAUCUCAUGAUGUUGAACUCACUGGGAGUCUGACUGGAUCCAUGUCUAACUCCUUUGAAUUCAUGGCCCAUCCAUUUGAGAUUACACUUGAUGCUAAGAAUAAGCUACACUCGAAGAUUGCUUUCCCACUGAAGCUCACUGGGAAGGUAGAUCUCCAAAAUGAUUACUGCAUUAUUCUGAACUCCCACAAGCAACACGUUUGUUGGUUUACUUUGUCAAGAUUCAAUCAGUACAAGUACAAUCACAAUUUCACAGCAGAAAAUAAUGAAAAGAACAUGUUUUUCCAUUUACUGGCUAAUGGAGAAGCAAAUCUGGAAUUUUUGCUUGUUCCUCUCUCUAUACCUGAGAUGACCAUUCCUUAUGUAGAAGUGAAAACCCCUGAGGUCAAAGAACUUUCUCUGUGGGAAAAUGUUGGAUUCAAAGCCUUACUUACCACACCUCAACAAUCCUUUGAUCUGAAUAUGAGGCUUCAUUACUAUAAGAAUCCUGAUUUGCAUAGCUUUGAUUUGCACCUCGAGCCAAUCUAUAAUGUAAUCAAUGACAAAGCCAAAACUAUACAGGCUAAAUUUGAACAAUGUAGAGACAAAGUUUUUACACAGCUAAAAGAUUCAUACAACCAAGCAAAGUCGCAGUAUAUCAAACAUAAGAUUGAUACAUCUAACCAGCCUGCCAGAUUUCUUGCUGUGCCUGGAUAUAAAGUGCCAAUCCUAAAUAUUGAUGUUUCUCCUUUUAGAGCACAAUUACCCCUUUUUAGCUUCUUUGUUCCCAAGGAGGUCAGUACACCAAAUGUCAAAAUCCCAGCACUGGGUUUCUCUGUCCCAUCCUACACUCUUGUACUACCCUCUUUUGAGUUGCCUGUAAUCGAUGUGCCAGAAGCUUUUAGUCAGAUGAAGCUUCCUACAUUCACACUACCUAGUGUUCAAAACAGCAUUAGCAUCCCAGCGUUGGGUAACAUAACGUAUGACUUCUCCUUCAAAUCUGCUGUGAUUACGCUAAGUGCUAAUGCUGGCCUUUAUAACGAGUCUGACAUUGUUACCCGGUUUGGAGCUUUCUCAACAUCUGUGUUUGACAUUUUAAAACUGAAAGUUGAUGGUACUACCAGUUUCACAAAGAAAAGAGGAAUGAAAUUGGCCUCUACGCUGACACUAGAACACAUGAAUGUUGAAGGAACUCAUAAAUGUGGCGUUAAUCUUAACAAACGGAGUGUGGAAGCUUCUGUAACCAAUAACGUAAAACUCGAUCUGCCCAUCCUUAAAGCAGAAUUCACUCAGGAAGUCCUCGGAAAUACAAAGACCAGACCAAAUGUAGCCACCACUGUGAAUGCUAAAUAUAUGUUUAAUAUUCCACAGAUAGAGUCUAUCGGAGAGGGAAACAUUGAUCUCAAUCUGGUACUUGAAGCCCUUUCUUCCUACGUAUCAUUGGACACCUCAAUCAAAGGGAGGUCAGACAUUCUCCUCGUGGACAGCUGUCAUUUUGCUGGAGAACUGAAUAAUGAGGCAAAUUUCUACAUUAAUACCAAUGUGUUGCAUUCAACUGUCAAGACUGGAUUCAUCACUAACAUAGACAACCAACAGAAACAAAAACAAAGCACAAGCAAUAUCUUCCACUUUGAUAUGAAUAAGGUCUUUACCCUGGAGGUCUCCCUGCGUCGUAUAAUUGCAAAGGUUGACUACACAAGCAAUAACAAUGUUGAGUUUGCAUCUUUCACAACAAAUGGAAAACACGUCGCUGACGGAUUGCUAGAGUUUAUUCCUUUAACAUCCUUCAAGUCUACAUUAAACUUUGAUGCUAGCCAGCCAAGUAGUUUUGGACAUGUUGGACUCCUGCAGAUCAUCAACCUCGCCAUUACGUCAGAGAAGCAGUCUUUCAGCUGGAGGGGGAAGAAACAACUAACAUCCCUCAUCCAUGCUUGUGAUUUGUUGAUGUUCAAUGAUGAACACGAGGUACGCAUGGACUUGGCGGGAUCAGUGGAAGGUCAUCUUGCUUUCUUAAAGUCUAUAAAGCUUCCUGUCUAUCAGAAGACUCUUUGGGACAUGCUCAAGUUUAAUCAGGUCACAAAUGUGGACGAUUUGCAAUUCUUCAACAUCUCGACCAGCAUAGUGUAUGCAAAGACCACGGAUGGCCUGGAACUUGCAAUACCGACUACAGUAUUUGAAAACGGUGUCACUUUCAGCAUCCCUGAGACAAGUAUUGCACUGCCUGCUUGGAUAAAAGUAAUCCAGCACUCCAUAAGGAACACUGACAUACACUUUGAAAACAAUGAAGUCGCUGAUCAUCUAACCAUACCCCCUACAAUCUCAGUUCCAGCCUUUGAUGUGCCAUUUUCAAACUUGCAUAUAGAACCAUUUUUAAUUGAUCUGAAGAACUUGAACAUUCCGAAGGUGAUCACCACUACAGCCUUUGAUAUUAUUCUGCCUGGUUUGCCAAAAAUGUCAGUGCCCAGUUAUGAUAUCAACACAGAGUAUCUACAAGGAAAAAUAUCCUUCCUCUUACUGAAGAUCCCACAGUAUGAUAUCACCAUCUCAUCUUUCACCCUGCCACAAGUACUCAGCCUCAGUGAAAUCACAAACCGUUUUUCCGAUUUGGAGCUUCCAACAAUCAUCAUUCCCAAGCAAAAAAUUGAAAUUCCUGAAUUUGCCCUACAUUUGCCAACAAGUGUAACCAUCCCAGCUUUUGGUCAACUGACUGCCGCUCUCAACGUUUCUUCACCAAUAUAUACUGUGAUGACAACUGCCAGUGUGGAAAAACAGGAUUCCAGCCUUUUGACUUCACUGACAUCAAGCUGUACUUCAACCAUGAUCUUCUUGGAGUAUGAACUUACAGCCAGAGCAACUCUUGGAUUUGAUAAUGACAUCAUCAAUCUAAAUGGGAAAUGCAACUUAAUUCAUAAUGACAUAAAUGUUGACUGGCAGCAUGUGUUUGCACGAAACAUGAGGAUAAAGCAGCAAACUUCUCUGGGUGGUGGAAUAGAAUCUCAUCACACUGUGAAUGUCAGCAUCACAAGUCCCUCUUUUGUUGAUGGGAACAUUCGCUUUGCAUCUCGAAAAGAUGGAAUCACUGCAUCCAUGUCUUCUCCUUCAUGUGGUUUCCUUGGACUGAAAGUUCAUCAAACAUCUCCGUCACACAUUUAUGGAAAACUGUUCAGUCGAAACCUGUCUAAUCCUGAGAGGGAUACUAAUAUUUUGACUGUCAAAGCCACUUUGAGAAGCUCCAGGAAGAUAAGCCUGCAGACGUUCUGGAAUCUGGAUGUCCUCCAGGAUGUGGUUGAGGGGUCCAAGGACAGGAUUCCUGCCAUUACAGAUGCUGUGCUCAAGUUUAUUAACAAGUAUCACACUGCUCACUUUGGCUUUGAUCUCAAGCGUGGCGGCACAAAACUGAAGAACUCUGUUUUCAGUGUCAUCGAAGGAGCCUAUCGGGAGAUUCCUGAAUCUCUCAACACACUGCAGAAUUCUCUGGAACAACUCAGUGAUCAAGGCAAACACAUGUAUAAGAAAGCCACUGACACUGUCCUAUCCACUGACAUGCAAGAUGUUACAGACGAGUGGACGAUCAAAGUCAAACAGCUCUUAACCCGCAGUGAACAGAACAUCUAUGCCUUGUUAGAUGCGGUCAUAAAGUUCUUGAGUGAGAUGACCUUUUCUCUUCCUGGAUCUGAUGAGAGUAUAACAGGCCUGGAUGUCUUCCGUCAAGCCCGUCAUUCAGCAUCAAGAACCACUGACAGAUCCAUUCAAAGGUUUGACAGCCUCAUGGUGGCCAUUGGUAAUAAAAUCAGACAAGUUGACUUUAUCAUUCCCGGAACCAGUGUUGUUGUUAAUGGAAAUAAGCUGAUGGACAACUUGAAGAUCUCUUUGAGAUCGAUGAACAAGCAGAUAAAACAUUCAUUACAAAUGUGGUUUAAGGCUCUUCGUAAGAUGGUUAGUGACCUUUUCCAGGUGAUUUCUAAAAAAGGCAAUGAAGUCAUUGCCUAUCUGAAAGAUAAAAACCUUAUAGUUGCUUCCAAAAUUGAUGCCAUUUCUGCACAGGUUCUGCAGUCCUCAAAACGAGGCAUUGGGGAGGUAAAGAGAAGUAUGGGUGACUACAGCGAACUCUCCAAACAGAAGGUUCAAAAGGCUUAUAAUGAGGUUUCCAUGGAGCGUAUAAAUGAAGAUAUCAAAGAGUUUAUCAGUAGUUUGCAGCCACACAUAAAGAAUGUAAUGAAUGGCAGCACACAAUUAAUGACAGCAGCGUCUGAGAGCAUGCGACCGUACAUCAGAGUGAGGAAUAAAAUAAUAGAAAUCGACAUUCCUUUGCCAUUCUAUUGGAAAUCUUUUAGUGAAUGGCCGACACGAUCCAGACAAUAAUU